AUGCAGCGAUUUCCCGUGGCCUGGAAUGCCCCGGAGCGGAUCCUGGAGCUCCCGAGCGCGGAGGGCGACGCGGCCGCUCCCACGUUCCCGGUGCGCGUGGGGCGGGAAGGCUUUGGAAGCGGGAAGCAGUACUGGGAGCUGGAGCUGGGCCGGGAGCAGGACUGGGCGCUGGGAGUGCUGCGGGAACACGCGGGCUGCGAGGCCCGGCCCGUUCCCAGCCAGGAUUCCUGGGCUCUGCGCCGAUCCCAGGGAGAGCUUUGCUCCAGCGCCGGAGCCCGCGGGCUCGGGAAGCUCCGCUGGAGCGGCUCCGCCCUCGGCGUCUUCCUGGACCUGGAUUGGGAGUGCCUGGAAUUCUACGACGUGGAGACCGCGGAGCUCCUGGAGAGGCUGGGUCUGAGCACCGCAGGGAAUUCCCAGGGAAUGUUCUUCCCGUUUGUGUCCCAGGGGGAAGGGAUCGGGAUCCGCCCGGUGCCGAUCCCGGUCCCACUAAAGGGACUUUGAGCAGGGACUGGGGAAAGGGGGGAGAAAAUGAUGGGAAUGGGAAUGGGAAGGAAC